AUGCACAGACGAUCUGAUAUAAAUGCUCCCCUGAAAGUUAAAGAAAAUGAGAGUAGAUAUGCUGAAGAGAAGGAAGAGGCCUGUUUCCCUGAUCUGUCGAAAGACCAGAAGAUUUGCAAAGUUACUAAAUCAAAAGUCAUAAAGGCAUCCAAGAAGGAGAAUCUAAGUGAUGUGAACCAGGCGCAGUUGCAAAAAUGCACCCCGAAAUACACCAAAGGCCUGGAGAAGGAAUCAUACCACAAUAAGGAGGAUGUUGUUAACUGUCAGUUUACUGAAUGCUUUUCUGAUACCGUGAAAGGGGAUAUGGCUGGUGAACCUACCUUGCCUUUGAACAGUAAGGAGAAUUUUUCAAGAAGUAGGCCUGUUUCUUUGGGGAAUGAAUGCUACCUGACACCUAAUAGGGACAAAGCAGAAGAAAAACCUGAUUGUGGAAUAUCAGAGAAACAGAGGAAAACACCUGUUGAUUUUGCAACUGUAACAAUCGCUGAAUUCGGGAUUACUCAAGAAAGUUUUACUAAGCGAUCUAUAGGGAAUUCUCCAGCUUCAUUAAAAUUUAGACGAAGAUCAACGAUUGGGGUACGGGGUUCACCAGAAAAUAACACUCUUAUUCAAUACCUUGCCCAACAGAGAAGCAACAGGCAAAAAGAAGCUUUUACACAGCAGGUUAGUACUUUUAGACGUGAAAAUGUCCGGUUGUUGAAGGACAAGAUAGAUGCCUUUCAAACAUCUUUUAAAUCAGUACAAGAAGCUGAAGAGAAGACUGGCUUCUCUGGACUGUCACAAGUAGAUGAUGCUUCCCAGGAAGCAGGCUCUUCUCAGGACAAAGUGCCUUUUACAAAAGAGCAGAACCUGGAUCAGUGGAAUGAAAAGUUCAUAUCAGAUAACAGCGGAGCUGAAGAAAAUUUAAGACAAAAUUUGACCAACAGCACUAAGUCUGAUACCAAGAUCUGCACCAUUUUGUCUUCAUGCCAAGAUGUGACUGUCACUGAACCUGCUGCUGCUGUUUCAAAGGAAUGGGUUUAUGAGGAACACAGUCCUACUGAGUUGUUGGAGUCUGUUCUAAUUAGAGAUAUCUUAGAAACAGGCCGUGAUUUCAGUCCUGACCACAUCACUAAAGAUGUUAGAAGUAAUGUUACAUCAGAUCUAACCAGAAAGAAAGUUAGUUUUGCAGAAGAACUGAGCCUGGAAAUAUUUGAUGAAAGCAAGCCACCUGUCACACCACCUAUCACACCCCUACAAAUGGGAAAUACAUCAUUAAAGGAACAUACGCAGAGUGGCUCCCAUCUGCGAUCUGUAUUGAAGAAAACACCGAUGAAGCAACUAAUGGAUAGCAUGAAGGAAUACUCAAACGAUGCAGUUGACAGAGGAGGAGGUGAAUCUCUCGCAGUCUCCAAUUGUGUAAAAAUCUUUGAAGCAUUGCAAACAGAGAAAACUGAAAAACAUAGCUCUGAAAAGCCAAAGAAGAAAAGAGUUACUUUUGGAGAAGUUCUAAGCCCAGAAAUAUUUGACGAAACUUUGCCUGCAAAUACUCCAUUGCGCAAAGGAGCAACACCAGUCCGUCAUCCAGGAUUACAAAGUAAUAGCCCCUUUGCAAGGUCAGGUCUCAUUGAAGAACCAUUAUGUCAGCCGAACUUUGAUUGCGAUGAUGAAUGUGUUAAUCCUCUUCAAGAGUUAGUGGAGGGUCCUGUUGUUGCAGAAGAUCUCUUACCUGUUGAAAAUGCAGAAGCAGAAACUGACAAAUCUGAUAUGAUAAAAACUCGUUCUUCUACUAAAAAGAAGUGCAGCACCAUUUCAGAGGAGACUGAUUUUAGUAUCUCAAGAGCCACAAAUGCUGAGGAUACUAACAAACCAAGAAAGAACAAGUUUCAAAGGCAGAAGAAUAUAACCACAUCUGCCGCCAAAAAGACACAAAAAAUAAAACGUACAGGCUAUGGGAAAAGAAGAAAGAAAAAAGUAAAAAAAUCUUUAUAUGGGGAAAGAGAGAUGGCUUCUAAGAAACCUCUUCUCAGCCCUAUCCCUGAAAUUCCAGAGGUUUUCUCUUCCACCUCAUCUCCAAACUCACCAAAGGCAAAUGCACUUUUUUCAGGUAAUGUGGUUUUUAGUAACAUCAAAUCCAGGAAUGCUCGCAAGGAUAUUCAACAGAAGCCGGUAGUUGAAAGAAUGAGAGGCAAAAACAUUUGUGCAGUUCAUACGUAUUCAAACUCUAAGGACCUGGACGUUGUAGAAGCCAGCAGCCCCAGUGAUACCAUGUUUCAGGUGUCAGAUGGUGAUCUGAAGUCUGUUUCUGGCAUUCAUUGUAAGUUUUCAAACGUUGUGCCAGAUGCAGACUGUGGUUUUCAUAGAUCUGAUGAUUUCCAACAAGGUAAAGAGACUGCAUGUGUAAAAGAGGCAAAAGAAAGUGGUUCCUUGAUAGAAAAUGAGAAAUUACAAGGAAAUCUCCUAAAUAAGGCAGAGCAGCUAACCGGGCUAGAAUAUCUGGAACAACAGGAUGCUAGUACACAUGAGAGUGCCAAAAGAACUCAGUGUACAGAAAAAGAUUCUGUAAGAGGUAGUCCACUGAGGAGGAGAAGAAGAAGUAGUAGUGCCAUCUAUUUUCCUCCUGUUGAAAAUUUGGAAAUAACUGGAAAUGAUCUUCCAGUUUGUUCUUUUAAUGUGGAAGAAGUCUUAUCUGUUCCUCAGCUAAAAAAUGACUCCUUAGAGCCUUUUGGAAGAAAGAUCGAUACCAGUGGCAAAAAAAGAGUGAGACGCAGCAUGAGAUUAUAUAAAGAUGCAGAAAUUGAAGGACUUGCAUGGAUUCAAGUACACAAUGACAUUCAAAAGAACCCUCCACUGCUAGCUUCUGCUUGCAAAACCAGGAGAAGAGUAAGCACAUCUGUCCUUACACAAUCUGAGAAUAUUCACAAUAGAGAACAAAAUCUCCUCCAGUUUGCAGCACCAGGGAAGGAGAACAAUGACACUGUUAAUCUUGCUGACGGUCAUUGCAAAAGGUGGAGGAGGAAAAGCCUGUGUGUAUCGACACCUCAAGAAACAAGACCUUGCUCUCAAACCCAGAAAAGGAGAAUAACAAAUUCUGUAUGUAGGAAGGACAGAAGUAACCAAAAACGCUAUGAAGAAGUAGAAAUGCCUCUUGAAUAUAACUAA